AUGUGUGGAGACAGCAAAGCCAUCAUUCCGUCGCAGCUAAAUCCUGUCACUGGGGCGUCUGUUGUUACUGAUAAACCCUCCAACUUGACCACUUCACGCCGCCAGUUCUCUGGCACCACCAACACCAACCUCACUCGACAGGUCUCGUUUCCCGAAGAUCCAGUCACCAUGUCUCAGUCUCCUCCUAAGCCGGUCGAGUCCGCGGGCGCGUCCGAAGAGAACAGUCCCGAGCGUGGCCGCAGCGGCUCUCGUUCAGCUUCACUGCCACCUACAAUCGAUCGCUCUGUCGAUGUCUCUCCUCUGACCAAUACCGACACCUCUCGCAGCCGCAGCGUUAAGCACCUCACCUGCUUCUGGUGGAAGGAAAAGGGCGACUGCAAGUACUCCGACGAAGAUUGUCUGUAUGCGCAUCAUGACACAGGUCGCUAUACCGAAGCCCCACGUCAAGUCAACCCCAACGAACCCGCAAAAGCCGGCAAGAACUUGGCUCGCGCUCUGUCAUCCCUCAGCAUCUCUGGUCAGCAAGCUGGACUCGGCAUGGGCCUCGUUGGCACUCCUAUGGGCUCUCGUCCGAUGACUCCUGUUGGUAGUGUCGGCGGCAUUGGCGGGGUCGGUUCCUCUGGCUCCCGUCCAGUCACUCCCUCCCUGCUCUCUCGCGCCUACUCUCCAGCACCUCUGCACGUCCCGCAAGACAUUGUUGCCCUCCAGAACGAGCUCGGCUUCUACAAGACCAUGGCUGCGACCAACCAGCAAGAGAAGACUAUCCUCAUCGACAUGAUCCACACCCUCCAAGCCAGCCAAACCGACCUCCAGAACAGAGUCGCUCGACUCGAGUCCGAGAAAGGUGCCGCUAUGCGUGAUAACGAGGCGCUCAAAGCCAACAGCAUCUACCAGGUCCGCGCUAAUCCGUAUGGUCCUAUCGGUCAUCACCCUCACCCCGCUCCUGUCGGCUUCGGCGCAUUCGACAACAGCUUCGCUGCUGGCUCUGCCCGUCGCGCUGCCGUGCCGACUGGUCACGGUGUCAUCGGUCCCGCUCCGCCUACUCCGUCUUGGUGCACUGCUCGUCCCACUGUCCCGUCCCCGGCCAACACCAACCCCAGCGACGACGACGACGAGGAAUGA